UUUUGUUUAAAAUAAUAAAAGCAAAAAUACAAAUAGAAAAGAUGAAUGGCGGCAACACACGAUACAUGUUGUUUAUAACCUUAUUACGUGCUAAUUUGAUGUUUACUUUAAAAUAUAUGUAGUAAAUCCAAAUAUUUGUUCCGUUAAUCUUUCCAACGGUUAUCCUUUCCCACAAUUCCACGAUCACCUCAAUCUCUGAUAACUGCCUUCAUUCAAUUAUUUAUAUUUGAUGCGAUAUCAUUCUAUGUCUGUAUGUUGAUCCACGUGCAAAAGGAAAAAACACACACAUCUUCUCUCUUAAAUAGACACAACGUUUCUUCUUCGAGAUAAAUGGUAUUUGAUGAAUUAUUUCAUUCUUUUUGUUGUUGUUGCUGAUAUACUCUUUUGAUCUCACUCCUUCCUCUACUUUUCCACUACUGCAUUUGUAUAUAAAGCUUUGCUCGCAAGCAACAUUUUUCUUAAAAGAAUUUCAGUGUAUAUCUCUGCGUCCAACAAAAACAUGAGGGAAGAAGACAAGACAAACUAGCCUUGAGAAAAAUGAAGGAUUGAUGGACCAUCAUACAAUCCAGCGAAAGAAAAACCGAAACAAAACAAAACAAAUCAAAGGAGUUCUCUAGAACAAACGGGAUGCAAGUAACCGUACAUAAUCUGGAAAGAAGUGAUGUCUCAUCAUCGAUCGAGUUGCUUAGCCUCCAUACCACUGUUACUGCUUAUUCUCAGCUUCCUACUUGCUUCCUUCUUCGACACGGCAGCGGGGCAAAUCGGGGUGUGCUACGGGAGAAUCGGAAACAACCUGCCACAUCCGGCAGAUGUGGUUGCGUUUUACGGGCAGCGUAACAUCCGACAUAUGCGGCUUUACGAUCCCGACCAAGAAGUUCUCACCGCUCUAAGAGGCUCAAACUUCGAGCUUCUACUCGAUGUUCCCAACUCGGAUCUCCAGCGUAUCGCCACCGACUACCAGGAAGCCGACACAUGGGUCCGCAACAACGUCCGCAAGUACACAAAGGGUGUCAGAUUCCGCUACAUAUCGGUAGGGAACGAGGUGCAACCCUCGGACCCAAACGCGAUGUUUCUCCUCCAAGCAAUGCAAAACAUCGAGGACGCUGUUUCAGACCUCGGGAUUAAGGUCUCCACAGCCAUAGACACGAGAAGCCUUAGGGGGGUUCCGCCCUCUAUCGGAUCGUUCACAGAGAAUUUUCAGAUCUUUAUUGCCCCGGUGAUAGAUUUCUUGGUAAGCAAGAAAUCUCCUCUGCUUGUGAAUAUUGACACUUACUUCAUCUACGCAAAAACAUGAGACAUCAGUUUGGAGUACGCUCUGUUAACUUCAUAUAAAAAUGUAGUCACUGACGGGUCAAACAUAUACCGAAACCUCUUCGUCGCACUCCUGGACACUAUCUACGCGGCAUUGGAGGAAUUAAGUGGCGAAGCAGUGAAGAUCGUGGUGUCGGAGAGCGGUUGGCCAACAGCGGGAGGACCCGCUGCGAGUGUGUAUAAUGCAAGAACUUAUGUGAACAAUUUGAUCCAAAUUGUGAAGACUGGAUCUCCAAAGAGGCCAGAGAGAGCUACCGAGACGUAUUUAUUGUUGGAUUUUGAUAUUAAAUUAGUGAAUAAUUGUUCUGUUAUUUCAGGAUCAAGGCUUGAUAAUAGGAGAUGAUUUUGUUUGUUUGGCUUUUAA